CUGACCAGAAACCAGUGUCAGUUUUCUCGUACUGUCUUUGUCUGUUUACCUAAACAAAUGAAUCAUUUAUGGUUUAAAUUCGCCUGAAUUUUCAAUAGAUACGUAAUAAAUGUUGUCAGCGUUAAAUAUUCGCUGUUAUCUACACCAACGUUUUAUCAGUUCUGGCUGAAAAAUCGAAUUUAAGGACUACUUUCAGGUCUUGGUCUUGCAUGAACCCAGCAACCCACCAUUAGAUCAUUUGUGUUACACAUCCUGUGGAUCUCCGGAUCGAACAAGUUACCAAAUCAUAGGACUGUACUUUGUCGCGCCUUCAUCGGAGAAUAAGGUUAACAGCGGCUCGAUUUGUUGAAGUUUGUAGAAGAAGGCAGACAACAAGCUGUGAAGUUCUAGUAAACUCCAUCAUAUACCCAACAGAGUUUUCUAGUAAGGCAAUAAAAAAGUUCCUGAAUCCAUGUGGUAAUGGAGGUGGAAGAGGAGCAACUCACGUUUUUUAUAAGGCACAAAUUGGAAAAUGAUAAAGAUUUUGUAGCACAAGUACCCAAAAGCAGUACUAUAGGGGAUUUAAAAGCAGUGAUCCAAGAUCGCCUAGGGAUUCAUGUCCACAGACAAAACCUGGAAGGGUGGAAAAGCUCUCCACAAAAUGAAGAUUACACUUUUUUAGAAGAUUGCUCUUCUGAUGAGGUUACAAUUUUAACUGUAUCCCAGUUGCCAGAUCUGGAGAUAGAAGCAUGCAUAAAAUUUGUAGAGACAACCCUCAAUAUAUACGAUUUACCAUUCCGUGCUAUUACCCUGAAAGAUGUUAUAUAUGAAAACAGUCUAAUACUUUUUAAAGAGAAAAAAAUCAUCCUUCUCUACCUGCAUAUCGAAAAAAGUCAAUUUUCAACAGACUUUCUGAAGAACCUUAUCCAUCCAGAGGUAAAUCGUCUCAUAAAGAAUAGUGUCACCUUCUUAGGAUGGAGCAUAGAAGACUCUAAAUAUCAUGGUGCCUUGAAAAACGCCUUAAUUGACAACCGUUUAGAUGCUUUAUGUUCAUUGAUAGAAAACAAGAUCAGUUCAGUGAAUAUUCUGCUCCCUACAAGCGAUGGCCUCAUUGCUUUUUGUUGUAUACGAAAAGCCUUUGACCUGGAAGCAUUUUUGAUGUAUUUAAAAGGAGCUGUGAACUGUGUUCGUGCUGACUUAGAAGCCACCCGAAGCUUGUCAAAUGGCAACUCAUUUUCUACUGAUUCAGAAGCUGAAGCUUGUGUUCAAUUUGCCAGAAACACAAUCCAAAUCCGUCCUGAGACAGUGAACUUUGAAACUGGCACACUGAAAGAUGUGAUCAAAAAGGCUUUUGGAGUCCCCUUGAUGAAUCGUAAAAUUCUGUUGCUGUAUCUAAGCAACACUACAGACAAGUUUUCAAAUAUCUUUUGGGAAAAUAUGAUGAAUCAGGAUGUUAUCCAGUUAAUACAAGAAGGUUUCAUUUUGUAUGGAUGGGAUGUAGAAGAUUCCGAGUAUCAUAGUGCCUUAACCCGUGCUUUAGAUGACAAUGAACUAGGCAAUAUAGCUUCUUUAGUAGAGAGGAAGAUUUGUGCUGCCGUUAUAAUAGCUCCAAUUGGAGAUAGCUUCACCACAUUGGCCUGCAUGAGAGCACCAACUUCAUCCAAUGAGUUUUCCAUCUACAUCAAGAAUGCUCAAGAAUAUCUGAAGAAUGAAAUUGAACAAGAAGCGUCUUUGCAAACAUUGGAGGUGGAAAGGAGUAGCGAAGAUGAUGUAGACUCGGAAAAGUUCCAUACAGUCAUGGCUAGCAUGUUAGGCGACAGAGACUACGACUCCUUUGAUUUCAAUCAAGCUGACCUGUUGGAAGAGAAGAUUGCGUAUGCUCUUUUUGGACCACCAUUAAAGGAAGAAGGAUACAGUAAAAAAGAGAACAAGGAAGUCAAGAAGCUAUAUCAAGCCAUCAAACAAAGUAGCGAUGAAAUUGCCGAGCUCAGAGACCAGGUACAAAUAGGCUUUAUAUACGCAUGCGCCGAGCCUUUGCCUGCAGAGAAAAAUGCAAGAGCAAAGAAAGAUCCAAAUUACAAUCCGAAAACUGAUUUAAUGCCACUACCAAUAUUUGUAAUACGUAAAUGCAGAGAAAGCGAACAUCCCUGCAGAGUUUUCGUAGAUCAUUCCGGUAGAACUUACCAAUCUUGGGAUGGGUACAUUAGAAAGAAUAAGCUGCACGAGUGCGAGAUGGUUCUACCGAAAAACGGAAGAUACACAUUCGAUGAAGAUGGAAAAAUCCUGUUGGAACGACACCUGUCGCCUGCAUGUGGAAUAGAUACAAAAGUUAUACAAGGAUUUGAUAUCGCCAGCACAACGACUGGUGUAGUAUCAGGAGGAAUUCUGUUGGUCGCAGCAAUCCCAACAGUGGUAUUUCCACCAGCUGCAUUGUUGGCCGCAGGCGUAGCAGGACUCGGAGCAGGUCUGUAUGCAGUGGGAAGGAGUACUUAUUCUCUUAUUGAUCGAAGCAUACACAGACAGAGUUUGAGUAUCCUGGAAUCGGAACCAAGAGGUGCUUAUUUGAACAUCGUUGCUGGAGCAUUGGGCUUUGUCGGCGUUGGUGCUAACGCACUAGUGCAACAGUUGGUGUCUAGAGGAGUUAACAUCGCAGAGGCUGGCAUUUGGACAGUGAACGGCAUCCAGAUCGCCAACAUAGGCGCGAGCGGCGUCAGUCUGGUCAACUCCGGCUACGACAUCGUCGAUCAGUACAUAAACCAUGACCAAACACCGUCCGCGUUGACCAUACUCCAACUGGGUACUUCCAUACUCUUCUUCGGCAACGCCGUAUUCAGCUUCAAAAACUGUAGGAGUUUGAUCGACGAGACGCAACAGCAAACUCUCAGGGACUUCCAAGACUCCUUGAGGAGCAACAGGCAUAGGAAGACGUUCAAUAAGUUGGUAAAGGAGACGAUUCGAACCAAGGAUGGUAACCAGAUCGCAGGUCAAGCGGAAGUGAUUUCGACCAUACGGAAGAUCCCGAACAAGGAUGAAGUGUUCGCCGUCCUUACACGAGCGAACAAGCAAAUGAAUGAACAGAACAUCAAGUUUUCCGCAAGCGAUGGACGAAUCACUUUGAACGGUGUAGAAGUAAACAUGUCAGAAUUCGCGGCGAUGAGCAAAGACAAUAGAGCCUCGUUUCUUGUGAAAUUAUCUCAAAACGGCGAUGCGCAAACACCUACACAGGCCGUUGAAACAGUCAAGAAGUCAUUCGUCUCUCACGGCUUCCCGCAGGAUAUCGAUGUUAUUAACCUAGUUGUUAAAAUCACGUGUGUUCUGAGUGGGGACACCAAGCAGGCAAUAAUUGACAUAGUGUCGAAGUUGCUGAUGAAAAUUGCAGAGCCGCUAAGGAGGAAAUUGGACGAACUAUUUCCAAACAAAUCCAAAUACGCAGGACUCAUAGAUAUGGUGACAAGAUUUAUCAGCAAGCAAACCGACGAGUUUGAAAUGCAGUACAAAAAAUGGAAGCAAACUGGCGAUCAAAAAUACUAUUCUAAAUGGUUUGACUAUGUGAACAUGGAGGAAGCCCGAAGAUGGCUAUGUUUUUUUGAGAAAAGCGUCGCAGUGUGCUUGUGUCCGACCGAAGCUUUAUUCAAGGAACUAUUAAAAUAUUUCUACACCUGGUUUGCUGAGAAGAUAUGCGAAUUCCAACAAAGCAUGGAACAAACAGCAGAAAGACAGGCGCAUUCAGCUGAUUGGAGAGCAAACAAAAAGGAUUGCAAGAUAUGUGGCGGAUAUUAUUACACUACCAGAUGAAGCUCUACCUAUUAAUAUUUCAGUUGUUUGAAUAUAUUUGUAAUUAAAAGUAAUCCGUAAUUAAAGCAUUGCUUAAAACGCCAAAGUAUAUUUUUGACAAAUAUUUUUUUGCAAAUGAAGGAAUCUGUAUUCCAAUAGUGUUUACAAUGUUUGAUUAUUCAUCACGCAUUUUCAAGAACAGCAAGGUGAUUUCAAAGCGUAUGGUGGAAAUUCGCUGUCCAGCAGCAUUCCUCUAAGCCUUGAGUAUUAGUUUUGGAGCCAUCAUGUUGUUUUCGCGGAUAAAUCAUCAAAUGCGUGUGGCCUGGGUUUAGAGAAGUAACCGUUUUUAUGACUUCACCGAACUACAAAAUCGAGAUGGCAUUGAAAUCAUAUAAAAUUUUUGUACCAAAUCCACUUUUCUACAUGCCAAGCUAACAGUCGAAAACAUAUCGGCCAUAUAAAGUUCAACCUUUUUUGGAAAAAAACAAGUGGCAUGCAAUUAAGGAAAGAACCCAUAAAUAAUUCCUGUUUCAUCUCAAUUUAGUUCUGGAUAUUAAUUACCAACACGUCAAUCGUGACAAACGUAGAAAAAUUGGGUACUAACAAUUUAUUGUUUGAUUGUUUCGUAGUUCCAAAGAUAUGGAGUAUGUGCACAUGGUGUAAUAGAAAAUGAAGAGGAUAAAUUAAAAGACAAGGUGUUGCAAACAAACAAGUAACACUACGUACAAUAUGGGUUUCAUUUCCAAUUCGAUAUUGUAGUCGCAAUGUUACAAUUUUUUACAAAAAAUGUUAUAAUUUUCAGUCUUAAUUGAAAAAUCAGCAUAAAUAUAACCGUUAAAAAUGUUCUGUAAUACCUAUAUAUUGAUUGUCAAAUAUUAAGUCCAUUUUCUGACAAAAUACUGUUAAAAUAUACGAGUGUACAGUCUUCCUGACAAUAUAAUGAUUUUGUUUUUUAAACUAACUGUUGGUUAAGUUUUAGUCUUCCCAUUUCACAUAUCAAAAAUCAGGAUUUUAAACUGGGCGUUUGUUUUACAUUCCCAAUAAUACAAAUUCAAACCAAUUAUGAUUCUUUCGUUCGUUCGACCAAACAGACAGCCAAUCAUGGACCGCGUUCUGAGCUUCUUGGCUUCUCAUCAGCAUGGUCUAAGCUUGGUCUCUUAUUUCUGCACGAACGAAAGCAUCGCUUACCGCAGUGGUCGAUUCUGAUGUGAUAGUUGGCGCUUUGCGUUACCUUAUUUCAAUACAAAUUAACCGUUAAGAAAGAAUUUAAAAAAUAUUGUUACCUGAAUUCAGAUGUCAAUAAAUGUCUCUACCACUGCAAUUAUUUUAUUCUUACAUCUUGUUAACUGUUACGAACGAGCAUUACUAAACUGAUGAGCUCUGUGAAAAUCUUGUAUUCAAACAUAUUUUGAUGUACAUAACGUACAUGGUCUCCAAAAAAGUAUUUUUUGCUUGCUGGCCAGUUUUCUGAAAAGGGAGUUAUUGUGAUCUAUCUAUGCACGAAGUUUUAUACAUUGUUAAUAUAAUAUGGUUGAUUUUCUUUUACUAAAUUAUAUAUUUUUAUAUACACAUAUUGCACAUGUAAUUUACAUGGUAGUAUUUCUGGCGAAUAGAAAAAAAUAAGGAAUAAAGUAUUCUG